GGCGACGCGUCAGCCGCCGCCCCCGCCGCCGUCGUCGUCGUCGUCGCGGGGUCCCUCCCCUCCGGCGGCCCGAGCCCCGCGGGGAGCGGCGCGGCACGGCGGCGAUGAGGCGGGCCGCCUCGCACCCACCGUAGCGGCGCGGCCGCCUCCGCCAUGAAGCGGAAGAGCUGGGCCGAGGCCCGGCGCCGCACAGCACCGGCGCCACCGGCUCUGAAGAGGACGCGGGGCGCGGCGUCGCGGGCGGCUGGCGCCGAGGCGGAGCGGCGGCCGCCGCCACCCGCCAAGCCGGAGACCUGCCUGAGGAUCGCCGAUCGCCUUUAUUUCGCAAUUCUCUGCCAAAAACCAAAGAGUGGAGCUCCAAAUACUCAUUACUUCUGCAUAGAUGAUGAAUUUGUGUAUGAGAAUUUCUAUGCAGACUUUGGACCACUCAAUCUGGCAAUGGUGUAUAGAUACUGCUGCAAGCUAAAUAAGAAGUUAAAGUCAUUUUCACUGAUAAAGAAGAAAAUAAUUCAUUAUACUGGCUUUGAUCAGAAAAAACAAGCAAAUGCUGCAUUCCUCAUAGGCUCCUAUGCAGUAAUAUACCUGAGAGAAUCCCCAGAAGACAUGUACAGGCUUAUGUUGUCUGGAAGCAUUUCCUAUCUUCCUUUCAGGGAUGCUUCCUUUGGUACUUGCAGUUUUCAUCUGACGUUGCUGGAUUGUUUUCACGCAAUAAACAAGGCUUUGCAAUAUGGUUUCCUGGAUUUCAAUACGUUUGAUGUAAAUGAAUAUGAGCAUUAUGAAAGAGCAGAAAAUGGAGAUUUUAACUGGAUAAUACCAAACAAAUUCAUUGCCUUCAGUGGACCUCAUUCAAGAAGUAAAAUUGAAAAUGGCUAUCCUCACCAUGCUCCAGAGGCUUAUUUCCCAUACUUCAGGAAACAUAAAGUCACCACUAUAAUACGCCUCAACAAAAGACUGUAUGAUGCCAAACGAUUUACAGAUGCUGGAUUUGAACAUUUUGACCUCUUCUUUGCUGAUGGAAGCACACCUAGUGAUACUAUAGUUAAAACAUUUCUAAAUAUUUGUGAAAAUGCUGAAGGUGUUAUAGCCGUUCAUUGCAAAGCUGGUCUUGGACGAACUGGCACACUUAUUGCCUGUUAUAUUAUGAAGCAUUAUCGGAUGACAGCUGCUGAAGCUAUUGCCUGGAUUAGAAUCAAUAGACCUGGUUCAGUUAUUGGACCACAGCAACAUUUCCUGAUGGACAAACAGGCAGAACUUUGGACAGAAGGAGAUAUUUUCCGUGCAAAAUUGAAAGGAAACCAUAAAAUUGCUGUAAAAAGAAUUCUGUCAGGAGUAGAUGAUAUUUCAAUUAAUGACAUAAGAAACAGGAGAACCAUCCAAAAGGACAUUGAACUGUACAGUGAUGAAGAUGAAACAAACUGUGUAACUCAAGGUGAUAAGCUUCGUGCCCUGAAAAGCAGAAGGCAGGCAAAAUCUCCAACUGCAGCUCCACUAACAUGGCUCCUAGCUAUGCUGGUAUCUACACUGUGUAGCAUUGUCAUCUGGUGGAUUGUAUGUGGCUCCCUUCUGCCCAGCCUGCUAUUCUGUCUAGAUGGUUUAAGAACAUAGUAACCAUCAGGACCCCCUGAGAGAGAGCCACUGUCAGCCAAAACGUUCCAAGGACUAGAACAGUGUUGCGUUAGACUGCGGAUAAGUAGCCAGUUCAGGAAUGACGGGGAUGCACUAGAGGGGAUUUUAUGCAGCUGAAGGAGGAUGACUUCAGCUCCAUUUCUCAGCAAAAGCGAAACAGAAGAGUCUCUUCCGUAUUCGCAGAACAACAUGAACUGUCAACGUGUUUGGUAGACACUUGCCUAAUACGCUAACACUUCCUCAAAUAAACCCAACAAAAUCCGUGUACAUUCAGACUCAGGUGUAAAUACUUAAGCUCUCUAUUAUAAAGAGGGCUUGCCAGUAUGUAUGAUGCAUGUGUAUAAAUUGUGAUGGCAAUCACUUAGCUGCUGACCACCAGAAAUGAAAACAUGGUGGGAGCUCUUAAAUAUAUAAAUCUGUGUUGUCCAUUCAGACUGGGCUCAAGUCUCCACUUGAGACCGAAAAAUCAACCACAAAAAGCUUUUUUCUUAUAGUCUUGGUACUCACUUGUGUUAAUUGGCUUUUCUUCCUUAUUUUAUAUGAAGUUUUUUAUGAAGCUGCAGUAUCAAGUACACAAAGUAACUAUUCUCCACCAAAGAGUGCUUUAUUUUCAAAGGUUGUGUGGUUUGUUUAUUUUGGGGAGAAAAAAAACCAAACAACUAUCUAGAAGCAAUUAACCUGUUUUUAAUAGUAAUAGAUUUUUAGUUGUUCGCAACAAAUGGCUCUUUUAACUACUUGUAAUUGCUUUAAAUCUGGUAUGAUUUUAAGGGGGAGGAAAAACAGGUUACCCUGUAAAGCAGUGCUGUCAUAUUGAAACAUCAUGGCCGUUUAUUUUCCUAUCUUCCAGUCCCUUAAGUGAAACCUUAGAUUUCCAUAUCAAAAAGGUAAGAAUGUUCUCUGGGUUUUAUGAUAAUAAUGUAGAUGUCACUGUUUAGGUUUUUUUUUUAGCUUUGAGACACUUUAAGGAGUGCAGCAGCACACAAAAACCAAGAAGGGAAAGAAGCUUGCUGUACAACUGAGAUGUGUAGUGGAACUUGGGGGCAGGUAUAGUUUUUAACAUCUAAUUUAAAACUACAGCUUACGUCUGUUAAAAAGCAGAGUGAUUUUUAGAGGAAUCUGUCAGGGACUGGAUUUUUCAUCCACUACAAGACUGUCUGGAACGCACUGGCAGCGUGUUUGUGUCCCCAGCACUUUUCACAUCAGGGACUCUCAAAGCUGGCUGUGCAGUGAUGUACUCUGUCUGCCAACUCAAGUCGACAGCUGCGUAUCACUCAGACGAGGACUGUUACCACAUAGCCUUAAAUAUGAUAGGAGUUACCUGUUGAUUUUUUAGUGAGUCCUAUGGUAGAGAGUAUAGGAAAUGGAGAGAUCUGAGAUGUUAGCAACGGAGCAGGGGCAUUGGACUAGAUGGUCUCUAGAGUUCCCUUUGAGCCCCUACCAUUCAGUGAUUCUGUGAAUAACUGAAGCUUUUUUAAAUACACAGAUUACCUCUGCAAGGGAGAGUAUUUUCUUUAUGUGAAUGUAAAUGGGCAGGUACAGCAUCUAGUCUCCAUCUACACCCUCUAACAUUAAAAUUCAGGUUUCUGUCAGGCUGAUGGGCUUUGAACACCGACGGGAAUAACCACACAGUGGCUUGAUAACACGUGGCAAGAGCAACGUGAGUUGGAGGGAAAGCAGGAUGCAAAGUGUAAGGAAGCUUACAGGCAGCAUCCUUGAGUUUGGAUUGGCAAAAUUUGCAAAUACAAAUACAAAUAAAACAGGCUUUUAUGAUGUAAAACAAAGGACCAUUGAGGCCCAGACCCCAGACAUUUCUUGUUUUCCCCUUAACCAUCACCUGCACCACCAUUUUCUUCUACACAAAAAGCACCGAAAAGAGGGACUGAAUUCACCCUGAUAGAGAGAUUACAAUUUCUUGUUCUUUUUGUUUGGAGUUUUUGGGUAUUUUUGGUAAGCCACUUGCCCAAAAGCUGACAUACAGGUAACCAAAACAGUAGGUAUAUUGUGCAGAUCUGAAUGUGUUCCAUUUCUGAAGAAAAUUCUUAUAUCUUGGAAUGCAGAAGGCAUUAAACUAAUGAGGUGAGAGGGCUGAGAGUCAAAACAAGACAGAUUUAGCGGUACUUGUUCUCUUUGGCUUUGCCUUUCUCUCAGCUGAGCUUCCUCUUUUAGUGUCUUUGAUUUUUAACCUAAAACUAAUCAGCCUAUUUCACACCCUUUCCAAAUUCUAGAUGGGGAUUGCCUUUCUUCUAAAGUAACCACAGAGCCAUUACCACUUUCAGGUUCAUCAGAAGCAAAUUUGCAUAAAACAAGUGCACAAACACACAAGGUGGCAACUCUAGUAGCUAAACUAAAACUGCUCUUUUGGCAUGAAUGUGUUUCGAGGCACUCCUUCCACCACCUGGGAUCCAGAGAAAUGCAUACAAGUCAAAGGUGUCUUACAUUUGAACUCUCCUAACAGCCUUAGGUGGAAAAUUAACUCUUUACCUCAUGGUGUCCCAUCCAGUCAUGUUGCUUAGUUCGUUCUUCUGAAUUUUUAGUACUUUGCUUAGCAUUUUUAUUCUACCAUACCAAAGCUGUCUUAAGCACAAGAAAGAGGUGCGGGCAGGGGUGAGGGAGUCCUUGCUUUCUACGUCUCUUCUUUUGAAUCGUGAAGCAUUAUGUGCCAAAAUGAACGCGUGGCAGCAGCUGCAUCACCACAGAGCAGCUGGAGGAAGGUGUUUCUGCUGUCAUCAGUUACAAGGUUCUCCUUUCCCUGUUUCCAAAUACAUGACACAUGGAAUCUCCCUCAGUCUCAUUCAAAAGUAUGCAGCGUACUCAAAAGUUGUAGGAUUUUGGGUCUAAUUCCUAGCUUCCAUUCCAGCAUCAAUAACUUCACUCAGAUGCUCACCCAGACCUUGUCUUUCUGCCCCAGAGUGACAACAGAGGAAGUGCUGCUGAUUUCAAACAAACAAACAAACAAUAAUAUUUGUAUGCUCAUGUGCUAAAGGGGGGGGAGGAAAAAUGUGGUGUUCACUAGUUUGUUGCACUGCAGUUUUUAUACUAAUGGUUUGCAGACUGUCUCAUGUAAACUCAUGUACAGACUAUCAAGAUCCAAAAUGUCUUAUCAGUACUGUUCAUCCUGAUUAUUUUUAAAUUGUAUAUUUCUAAUCAUAUUUUUUUAACUUGUAUUGACAGAAUGGGAUUUUAUUUUGCUGAAGGUGUUUUUAAGAUAAAGCUUCAUAUUAUCUUGUAAUAUUAAGUAGAUCAAGAUGCAUUUGUGUCUCAUUUGAAAUCAACAUAUUAUAUUUGAUUUUAUACAGAAUACUGAAUA